GUCACACACGGCCAGAGGGCUGCAGUAGUUGAGUCAGUCAAGGUAGUUCCACUGUCUAGGGAGAAUGUCAAAGGGAGAGCAGCAAGACCUGGUGGCUAUUAGAGAACUAGAGUCAAUCCUGGAGUCCUGCAAGCUUGAACUGACACCACUAGAUGAGGUCUGGCCUAAUCUCUACAUCGGAAACGUUGCCAUAGCUCAGAACAGGGGUGCAUUAAAGAAGCUUGACAUCACACACAUCCUGAACGCAGCUCACUUUAAACAGGGCAGCAUCGGUGACCAGGAUUACUAUGGAAACACCUGUGUGUACUGUGGCUUCCCUACAGAAGACUCAUCCCAUUUUGACCUCAGCCAGUACUUUAAACCUGCAGCUGACUUCAUACACAAGGCCCUGAAGACUAAAGAUGGGAAGGUGUUGGUGCAUUGCAUCAUGGGUAUAAGUCGUUCCGCCACGCUGGUGCUGGCGUUCCUGAUGAUGCACUGUCGUCUGCCGCUUCGCACCGCGCUCAAACAUGUGACCCAGCGACGCGCCAUCUACCCCAACAGACAUUUCCUGUCACUACUGCUCACGCUCGACACACAGCUCACACGCAAGAGGAGACUAUGUCCUCUUCUCUGACAGUCCUUCUUUCAUCCCUAUCUCCUCCCAUCCCUCGCUCGUCUCACCUAAUAUCUAUCUAUCCAUCUCACACACAAUCCUUUAUACUGGUUGAAAAUAUGUAGUUGUAGGACUUUUACAGUAGGUACAAACUGGUAUUAAAGCACAGCAUGUUGUAUAUACUGUAUGUUGUAUAUACACAGCAUGAUGUAUAUACCAUAUAAUGCGGUAGCAGGAUUCCAUGGAGAUAAUGUCGAUGCUCAAUGCCCUUUAAAAUCCAAAAUAUCUAAAGAAUUUGAACUUUUCAACAUCCCGGUGUUAGCCAGUGGUGAUAGUUGAACCUGCUGUGAGUUGUGCAGCUGAACAUUGUCUCCUGGGAAUCUAUCAGUUGAAACACUAAUAAUGAGAUUACACAAUUAAAAAGGCACUUUUUUUCCA